AUGUCUUCCGAUUCCGAAUCCAAGACGAAGUUUCUAGUAGUGGGGAUGAUAACCAGCGAUGAGUUUCAAAAAUGCCGCUUCAUAGUCAACAAAUUGAGCAGUAGCUACCCUAAGAAGUACGAAGCCCCUCAAAUAAGGGCCAUGCUAGACGUGGAAUGGGAAGAAUACGUCACUAAGACGCAAAGGGAAUAUGGAGGAGCAUUUUGGGAAAUCAGCAAGUCAGUUAUGGUGUACCUAAAUCAUGAAUACCUGGGUGACGACAAGGCCUUGGAGAGGCACAUUUCGAAGAAGUACAGGUUUACUCUAACGAAGAACUGGUAUGAAAUGGGCAAGUGCCAUCUAGCGGACUACUUGGAAGAGAAAAUGAGUAAAUUUAGACAGUUGGCAUAUCUGACGGUGUCUAUAGACAAUCGAGUGAUUGGAACAAUGUUAUUUGAGCUCUACAACGACAUAGUCCCCCUUGCCUCUGAAAAUUUCCUCACCAAAUGCAAAAUAACACUAGGUGGUUACGCUGGCAGUCCAAUCCACAGGAUAAUGAAGAACAGUUGGAUUCAGUGCGGCGGAUACUACCUUAGAGGUAAGAAAAUGCCUUGCGAAAAUUACGCUGUGCCCCAUGACCGAAGGGGGGUACUUUCUACUUGUAACGAUGGAAGACACGUCAACAAUAGCACCCAGUUCUUCAUAACUCUGGCCCCAGCGCCUUGGAUGGACUACAAAUACGUCGCUUUUGGGCAACUAAUCCAAGGAGCAGACAUCCUGAAGCAGAUAGAAGAAGUGCCGACUUGCUACCAGUCGCCCAAACACUCCAUCGACAUAGUCACGUGUGGCGAGCUGGUCUUCACUGAAAGCCCUGAGUAUAUUUCGAACACGGAACUGGGCAGAUUCCAGCAUUUGUCAGAUACGGCCCUUCUGGAUACACUGAUAGGACCGCUCAAGGCACCAGCGCCUUCCUUGGACUCUUUCACGCCUGUGAGUAGGAUGACGAAGACGGCAUGGCCCUGGAAAGUCUUAGGACGCAUGUAUUUUCCGCAUCCGCCUUAUGCUUCGCCAGAAGACGACGAAGACAAAGAAAUUGUUUGUGUCUGA